AUGUCUUCUGAAAUUCCCCAGCCACCCGGCGUUCCUUUACUGGGAAACAUAUUCGACGUCGAUCCAAGCGACACAUGGAACUCACUGAUUAAACUCUCGAAACAAUAUGGCCCAAUCUGUAAAAUCAACGUCCUAGGCAAGCAAGUCGUCUUCAUCAGCAACGUAGCCCUCCUAGAAGAAAUCUGCGACGAGCGCCGCUUCCGCAAAUGCGUCACAGGCCCCAUCGUCGAGAUGCGCGCCUGCGCAAACGACUGCAUCUUCACCGCAUACGACAACGAAUCCAUCUGGGGAGUCGCCCACCGCAUAAUGGCACCAUCCGUCAGCGCAGCAACAAUUAAAUCAGAAACCAGCUUCGCAGACAUGGCAACCGUCAUCCCAGACCUAACGCGCAAAUGGACAUCCGGCCAUCAAAAGCGCGUCCUCUUCACAAACGACCUAGACCGACUCCUAAUGACAUCCGUCAUGCAAUCUUUCUACAACCAGCGCAUCCAAGUCCUAGAUGAAACCGAUAGCCCCGGUGAAAACUCACCACCCCUAAUCGAAGCAUGGGAAUCCAUAACAAUGGAAGCAAUGAAGAGACCCACCCGCCCCAAACUCCUAACAAAACUCCUCUACGCAAAGAAAUUCACCAGCGAUAUCCGGCUCAUGCGCGAAUUCGCGGCCAACAUCGUUAAGGCGAGGGUUAAUAAUAACGCGCAGGAUCGGGAUGAUCUCCUCCACGCGCUCCUGCAUAAUGCUGACCCUGUCUCGGGUGAGAAAUUGAGCGAGUCUCGCGUUGUCGAUGAGGUCGUUACUAUGUUUAUUGGGGCUGCGACUUCGGCUAAUCUUGUCUCGUACGCUUUGUACUAUUUGCUUCGGAAUAGGGAGGUUUUAUCCAAGGCUCGAGAGGAGAUUGAUUCGGUCGUUGGCGGCUCUACUCCUAUUUCGCUCGAGCAUCUAAAUGAUCUACACUAUAUUGAAGCCAUUAUUCGCGAAACGUUACGCCUUUCGGCCACGGCGCCUGGUUUCAAUAUCGAGCCCAUCCCGACGGAAGAUAAGAGUCCGAUCCUGUUGGCCGGGACGAUGAUAUCAGUCCUGCACACCGUGAAUCGAGACCCGGAUGUCUUUGAGGAACCGGAGAGCUUUAUUCCGGAGAGGAUGCUGGGGGAUAAGUGGGAGGCGCUGCCAAAGGGUGCGAGGAGGGGGUUUGGAAAUGGGAAGCGUGAGUGUUAUGGGAAGAUGUGGGCGUGGCGAUGGUCGAUUUCUACUUUGGCGAGUAUUAUUCAUGAGGUGGAGUUUGAAUUAGCGGAUCCCAAGUAUGAAUUGACUUCGAAUGGGGCUUUUAGUGUGAAGCCUUUGGAGUUUUAUGGUCUUGUUAGUCCACGGGGGAGGAGUCCAAGGAUUUGA